CUCCCUCUCUGUCGUCAUCAGACAGCGACAGUGUGUAUGUGUGAGCGGCAGGUCGGGAGGAAGGCAGUGGAGUCAACAUGGCGGUGAAAAGUGAAUAAAGAAGAGAAAAAGAGCCGCAUGGUGCUGCUUUCUGCCCGGACGGCAGAGCUUGGCGUGCAGCAGGUGACCCUGCCAUCAGAGAAUGCGAGGCCAUGAAGAAGCCAAAGCUGGCCGGUGCUUUUAUUUUGGCGUGCUGCCUGCUGGCGUACCUGAUGUUCGUGAAGCGUCACUACGCCGCUGCGCCGCACGCAGCCUUCCGACUGCCGCCGCACGUCCCGCCGGCGUCCCAGCCGGGCGGACCUGCCACCCGUGGCCGCUUCCAGUAUGGCAUCAUGUUUGAUGCUGGGAGCACUGGGACCAGAAUCCACGUGUUCCAGUUCCAACUGGAGCAGAACGAAGCUCCUAAACUGGCCCAUGAGACGUUCAAAGCCAUAAAGCCUGGCCUGUCUGCCUACGCCGACGAUCCAGACAAGUGCACUGCAGGGAUCCUGGAGUUGCUGGCGGUGGCCCGGGACAGCGUGCCCCUCCACCUCUGGAGCAGCACCCCGCUGGUGCUGAGGGCCACGGCCGGCCUGAGGCUGCUGCCGGGCCAGAAGGCCACCCAGCUGCUGGACCGGGUGAGGGCGCUGUUUACGGAGUCGCCCUUCCUGUCCAGAAACGACAGCGUGUCCAUCAUGGACGGCACUGACGAAGGGAUUUCUGCCUGGAUCACCAUCAACUUCCUCACAGGUGGUCUUCACGGUGCUGACUCGCCCACAGUGGGGAUGCUGGAUUUGGGAGGCGGGUCAACGCAGAUCACCUUCCGCCCUCAGGACGAGAAAACCAUCCAGACCUCACCUGUCGACCACAUCAGCUCCUUCAGGAUGUUCAACAACACACACACACUCUACUCACACAGUUACCUGGGUCUGGGUCUGAUGUCGGCCCGGCUGGCGGUGCUGGGCGGGACGGAGGGACAGACGGCAGGGGGCAGCAGCGAGCUGGUCAGCCCCUGCCUGGCUCCGCUCUACGUCGGCCAAUGGGAGCACGGCGACGUCGUCUACACUGUGAGGGGACAGAAGGCAGGGGAGCCGGUUUACGAGUCGUGCCGGACCAAAGUGGAGAAGGUUCUGUAUAAGAAGGUGACGAGAGCGGCCGAGGCCGAGAACGUGGACUUCUACGCCUUCUCCUACUACUACGACCGCGCCGUGGACCUGGGAGCCAUCGAGGGGGAGAAGGGAGGCUCCAUCAAAGUGUCCGACUACAUCGAUGCUGCCAAAAGAGUGUGCGGCGGUGUGUCCGUCAGUCCUGCUCAGAGUCCGUUCCUCUGUCUGGACCUCACCUACAUCUCCGUCCUGCUGCAGGAGCUCGGCUUCAGCCCCGACAAACACUUCAAGCUGGCGAGGACGAUCAACGAGGUGGAGACCAGCUGGGCUCUGGGAGCAACUUUUCAUUACAUCGAGUCUCUGCACAGCCACAUGUGAGGAACCUGGAGAACCUGGAGAACCUGGAGAACCUGGAGAACCUGGAGGUCCUGAGCCAGACUGACGGGUUGAGAACGCGUCUCACGUUGAAGCAGGAAACGUUCCUGUUCCACACACUCCAAAAAAAAAAAAAAAAAAAAAAGAUCGGUCUGGGUUUUCUCUGGUGCCGUGAGGCUUUUAUUGUGAAGCUCCAGCCAGAGGAGCUCAGGUCGUCAUGGAAACACUCCAAGCUGCACAGCCUGACCUCCCACAGGGACAGCAGCUUUUUAUUCUGGGAUUUUUCAGUAACAGUGAAGGAAAACCUCAAAGUGUCUUUAGUUUUCUCCAAAAUCUCGUUUUCACUUUUCCUCCUCCGGGCGCCGGGUUUGAUCGUCACGGGUUUUUAAAGUCCACAAAAGAUAUUUUUGUACUGAAGCUGCUGAUAUUUUGUGCUGAAAUUCAGUGUCUUUAAUCUGUUUUCAUGCCAAAACUAAAAACCUCCCAGAGCUCCCAGUUCCUCCAGUUUACUUUUUGUAAAGACAAACGUCAGACAGAACAGCGUCUUCACUGUUUUCACUGUCGGUGCCGUGAUGAUGCUUGUUGUUUUUGUUUUUGUUAUUACUUCUGUGAUGAUUAUUAAUAUAUUAUCUUUGUUUAAAUGUGUUUCUGGGUCGAGAAGUGAAACAGCGGUUGAGGAGCUUCCUGCUUCCUGCUAAACCAAUGAGAAAUCAGUGAGAGAGAGGAAGUUAGUUUCUGUUCAUUUGAUUUGAUGGGAGAGGUGGAGGGGGCGGGACUGUCCUGAGAUCUUUAAGUUGAUUGGCUGAAUGUUUAUUUACACUCACUGGUACGGCGUGAUGUCAUCACCACACACACACACACACACACACACACACACACACACACACACACACACACACACACACACACACACACAGGUUUACAGGACAGACGGGGUUUUUCAUGAACUUGAGUUUUGUUUGUUCAUGUUUGGUGCCAGUGAACACGAUGAAGACGUUUAAAAUGAUUUUUAGUGGGACUUGAAUGCAGCAUGAAGUCCAGAUUAACAACAUCAACAUGUGAGCCUCCUGAUUGGUUAAGAGAAGGUCAGCAGGUGUCCAGAGAAACCAGCAGGGGGCUCCACUGGGUUUGUCUUCAUCCUGUUAAACUUCCUGUUCUCGACAGCGAGUCUGAUUGUUUUGUUCUGUGAAGGAACGAGGCCGAGCAGCCAGCCAAUAAAACGAAUGUACUCAC